GGGCGCGCCAGGCUGCGCGGCCCCCGCCGGCUGGCGGGGCGCACGCCCCGCCCCCCCCCCCGCGGGGCGGCCCGCAUGGUCGGCGCCGCGGCGGGCUCGGGCCGGACGCCCUUGGAGGCCGCGCUGCAGAGCGAGGAGCUCGGCCUCGCCCUGAGCCGCUUCCUGCGGGUGCCCGCCGCGCAGCGCCUGCGGUGUACGGCGCGGUGGUGCUUCUCGCCGGCGGCCUUGCCCCACACCCACCGCGCGCUGGCAGCGAGGCGCUCGAUCUGCCGGUCGUUCGCGCUGGUGGAGCUGGCCCUGCGGUGGGACAGCCGGGGCAACCACGUCGACGCCGGCUGGGCGCCGCAGGUUCGGCUGGAGGACCUGAGGGACAGGGUCUUGGCCCGCACCGCGGGCGCCGAGGCGCUGGGCGACGCGAGGCUCGGCCAGGUCCUCGCCCUGGCCCAGGACAUGAUCCAGGUCCUGGAGCCGCGCCAGGGCGAGGUCGCCCUCGCGCUGCACGUCGGUGGCGAGCGGCGGGUGCCGUCCACGGCGGAGCUCGCCGCACGGUGCGGGCGCUUCGAGGCGGCGCUGGCCGGCAUCACGGACGAGCUCGCCGCGGGCCGAGCGCCGUGCUGCCAGGUGCCGAGCAGCGCUCCCAGCGGGGAAGGCCCGAGGCGGAGGCUCAAGAGGGCACGCUCAGUGCUGUGGAGCUUCUCCAAGCCUGCAGAACUCGAGGAGCUGGGGCCCCUCACCGCCAGGUACGAGCUGGCCCGCCGGCAGCUGGAGGUCGCCGAGCCCGCCGAGCGCGCGGCGCUCGGCGCGGAGUGGGCCUGCGGCGUCCUGGAGGAGCUCCUCGAGAGCCUCGGUGGGCGCGUGGACGAGGAGCGGCUGGUCAGGGAGCUGCAGAGGCGCGCCAGGGGCCUGCGGAGCCGGCACGGGCCGGCGGUGAGCUGGCACGAGAGGAGGGAGGCUCGCGUGUGGAUCUCGGCGCUGGUGGCGAUCGUGGAGGCGGAGGGCUCGGAGUGGCUCUCGGUCGCCGCGGACGCCAGGAGCAGACGAGCCAAAGCCUGCACAACUCAGCGUCACUGAACCGAUCCCUAUCCCCAUCCCCACCAUCCCACCACCCCAGUUGGGGAUACGCCCCUCGAAGCCCGAAUGGGGCAGCCUAAGUCCCCUAUCUAGGGAUACUGUAAAUCGGCCAGUGGGGCCUCGGCCACACCACUGGGGAUUGGGAUUCGGGGAACAAGCAACGACACAAACAACAAGACUCGAAGGUCCGCGCGGAUGUCUCGGAUCGGCUCUGGACCCCCCUCCCUUGCGCGUGGAGCGCGCCAGGGGCGGCGCUGGCACUGGCGCGCUCCGCGCGCCAGGGAGGGGACCCCAGUGCCGAUCCGAGGAAUCUGCGCGGACCUGUGAUCUUGGAUGUUUAUGUUAUUGUGUGUUCCUGCAAAUCUCUCCGCUCUCAU